GAGGAGGAGGCGGAGGCAGGCAGCCACCAUGGGCCAUGAGACUCUGCAGCCGCCAACAUGACCGCAGCUGGCUACUGCAGAGCACGCAGACCAUGUUCCAUGUUUUUUUUAGGUCUAUCUUUGGAAUUCCUCCCCUGAUCCUUGUUCUGUUACCAGUAACUUCUUCUGAUUGUGAAGUUGAAGAAAAAAAUAAAACAAUAAUAAUACAAGAUUAUAUGAAUCUCUUACAUAAAGGCUUUGAGGAAUUGGACAAUGCAAUUAAUGUUACCAAUUGCUCGAGUAAAGAAUAUAGCUCAUUAAAAAAUCACUCAUGUGAUAAUAAGGAAGUUACAUUUAUAGUUCAUUUAACAUGUAAGUUGAAGCAACUUGUGAAGGCUAAUAAUAUCCCUGAGAACCUAAGUCAUUCCUUAGAAGUAUAUUCACAUCACGCAUUAGGGAUACUGAAGGGAUGCAAAUGUGACGAGGUGAAUGGAACAGAGAAAAGGGCAGGAGGACCCUGCUUUUUUGUUGAAAAUGACCCCGACAAGAACAUGGGAGAAAAAUCUGCAAAGGAACAAAAAAAGGAAAAAAAAUGUAAAUGCUUAAUUAAAAAAAUGAUAUCUGAUGUUAAGAAUUGCUGGAGAAAAUUUUUGAUGAUUGCCAACGGUGACUGAAAUGACUGUGAUGGCACAGAAGCCCCACAAUUUGAUGAACUUUCACUUGCAUUCUCCGAAUGUUUAUCUGUUCACACUGAUCUGUCCUCAUGCCAGAAGGUACUGUAUUUAUCUUGGCAAAUCUAUGGCACCGUAAGCAAGUGAUGGUGAAUUCUAUUCAGCUCCACAGCAGGUUAUUAGUCGACAGAAGCAACCCAAUGACAAUGAAGAGGACAAUCCACAAUAAAAAUAACUGGAUAACUACCUGGACAUGCACAC